UAAUUUCCGGGGUCAUUUCUUUACUGAUUCAAAUCUGAAACGAUUCAAGUCCUGAAUGUACUGUCAGUGUGUUCUGUCUGACAACGACAGUUUUUGUAUUAAUAAUGGAGGGUUCCGUGUCAAAUGUGGAAGUGUGUAAUUUUGCUUAUACGGGACAGUUUGAGAAAUUAAGGGAGUGUAUUCUGUCAGAUAAAACGCUUGCCUGGAAAACGGACCAGGACCGGAGAACCGCUCUUCACUGGGCCUGUUCUGCUGGACACACCAACAUUGUGGAGUUUCUGCUUGACCUGGGAGUUGAAGUGAAUCUGCAAGAUGACGCUUCGUGGAGCCCUCUUCACAUUGCAGCAUCAGCAGGCAGAGAAGACAUAGUGAGAUCUCUGAUAUCCAAAGGAGCUCAGCUGAAUUCGGUUAAUCAGAAUGGAUGCACCCCUCUGCACUAUGCUGCCUCCAAAGACAGAUAUGAGAUUGCUUUGCUGUUACUGGAAAAUGGAGCAGACCCUAAUGCCACUGACAAGUUGGAGUCAACUCCCCUUCACAGAGCCGCUGCUAAGGGAAACUACCGCCUCAUCCAGCUGCUCCUCAAAGAAAGUGCCUCAACUAACAUCCAGGACUCGCAAGGCAACACGCCACUCCACCUGGCUUGCGAUGAGGAACGCGUGGAAGCAGCCAAGGUACUAGUGGAACAUGGAGCCAGUAUCUACAUAGAGAACAAGGAGGAGAAAACCCCCCUCCAGUUAGCCAAGGGUGGUCUGGCCAACAUACUUCGUCGGAUCGUGGAGGGAUGACACCUUUUACUGACCUACUAGUCUUGGUCCAUUUGGAUUCCCUACUAUUGCUAAGAUACCUAAUGAAAAAUCUCAUCCCAGUAAAUCCCUUUUGGGCAGGCUGGUGUGACACUUUGAGAUGUGUGACAGGUGAAAAAUGAGAGAGCAUCAAGGAAAAAUGUUGGACGGAAGAGUGUCUAGUACUUGUGCGUGGGAUAAUAGCCUGUGUAGACAUGAGAGGUCUGAUUGAAAACACUCCUGCUCUAAGCCACCUGGCACUGCAGCCUGUUUUUUUUUUUUAUGACGUUUGAAUUGUUAAAAAAACCCCAAAAAGGCGCUUAUUAAAAAUCUAUGUUCAGCUUCUUAACAAAUUAUGUUUGGGGUAUGUUUUUUUCUGCACGUGUAUCUACACACAUUGUAGGUGCCGUCAUAACUUCUGUAAAUGAUGAUGGUUCAAAAUGCUGUGUGAAAACCCAACGUUAUAAUGCUGUUAAAUACACAUUCCUCUCAACUUAAUACAAAGAUAUACAUGUCCUCACCCUA